CGGGCCGCCUGCGGGCGGCCUGCGCCCGGGUCUCGGAGCUUGCAGGCGCAACCCCGGCUUUCUUCCACUUUUGCUCAGCUUUAUUGUACCUUUUUUUUUACACCAACUGCUGAUGAAAAUGUGGCCUUUCCCGCAAUUACCACCGUAGGCUUCAAAGUAGAGCGUGUUAGCCUUGUGACUGUUACCAGUGCAAGUGACACAUCCUUGACUGUUGCAGGUGCGCUGUAGAUAACCAAAGUAGCAGGAUCUGCCCGGAGGGCAGAGUAGCUACUUUGCAAAGGCUGUAGUUACUCUUCUUCCGAGAUGCUCUCCGAGCAGCGCAUGUUACGUAGUCAUGUUCAAAGACAUUUUGGGGGGUUUUUUUGUUUGUUUUUUGUUUUAAAGCAUUUUAUUUAUUUAUUCAUGAGAGACACAGAGAGAGAGAGGCAGAGACCCAGGCAGAGGGAGAAGCAGGCUCCAUGCAGGGAGCUCGAUGUGGGACUCGAUCCCAGGGUCUCCAGGAUCACGCCCUGGGCCAAAGGCAUUCGCUCAACCACUGAGCCACCCAGGUGUCCCUCAAAGACAUUUUUGUAUCACCUUUCCAUGUACUAAGUUUAUGGUGUACUUCUAUGUUUUUAUGUAUUUGGAAGGAUUUCUUUGACAAAAGCCAAAGAUACCUAGGACUGCCAAAGGACAAGAGCCCUCUCCUAUAAAUAGCCGUGCCACCAACCGCCCUAAAUGACCUUGGGCAUCCACCUCACCUCUGUGGCCCCAAGGCCCUCCCCGGUAAAAUAAAGAAGAAAAGCUGCUGGUUUCCAAGGGUCUUGCCCGAAUUCAGCUAUUCGCUCCCUAGAGUUCAGGGAUCACUGCAGUUGCUCCAGGCUUCUUAGGUAUCCAGGUGGCCCAGAUUGGCCUCACCCACUGGGGGUGCCACACAUUACACCCUUCGGGCUGGCAUCCCCUCAUGUGCAGGAAGGGGACACGACUUGCUAUUGUCAUAAACACUACAGGAAAGAAGCCACCACUGUGAUGGGUGACAGUGACUCCUGCUUAAAGGCAUAUAGCUGCAGGAAUCAGGGAACUCUUUUUUUAAGAUUUGUUUAUUUAUUUAUGAUACACCUAGAGAGAGAGAGGCAGAGACACAGGAGGAGGGAGAAGCAGGCUCCAUGCCAGGAGCUGGACACAGGACUCGAUCCCGGGACUCCAGGAUCGUGCCCUGGGCCAAAGGCAGGUGCCAAACCGCUGAGCCACCCAGGGAUCCCAGGAAUCAGGAGACUCUAAGGAACCCCUGAGCCAGAGGAAAAAGGCAGCGCGCUCUUCCACUCUUGCCAGCCAAUCAGCAGGACCACGACGUCUCUCUCGCGGGCGUCCGCCGCCCUGGGGCAAGGCCGCGGCAUCUGCAUCGGAAAUCACGGGGACGUCUUCCUGCCGGAGAAGCUGGCUCGCAGCAGCGGUUUCUCUCAGCUCUGAACCAGCAGUGGUGGCCGCCUCGAGCCAUACCCGGGGUUGCACAUGCAGCCCGAGUCCAGGCAGGCCCUCUUGCAUGUCGCUGUGGCCAGCUGCCUCUGCACGGCCACCGUCUACGCCGGGGUGUUCGAUGGCAUCUUCAUCCAAGUGGGCUACGAGCACUAUGCCGAAGCGCCGGUGGCCAGCCUCCCCGCCUUCCUGGCCAUGCCCUUCAACUCCCUCAUUAACGUGGCCUACGUCCUCCUGGGGAUGUACUGGCUACGGAGACGUGCCAGGGCCCCGGGGCGCGCCGUGGAGGUGUGGAGGGCUCGUUACCUGAAGGACGUCUUUGCCAGCAUGGCCCUGGUCUACGGCCCGGUUCAGUGGCUGCGGAUCGCGACGCAGCUGCACCACGCCGCCGUGCUUGACCAGUGGCUCACCCUGCCCAUCUUCGCAUGGCCGGUGGCCUGGUGCCUCUCCCUCGACAGGGGUUGGGAGCCCUGGUUGCUCCUUGCCAUCGAGUGUCUCUCUCUGGGCAGUUACGGCCUCGCCUUGCUGCACCCCUAUGGCUUUGAGGUCGCGCUGGGCGCCCACAUCAUAGCUGUCGUGGGCCAGGCCCUGCGUACUCACAGGCGCUAUGGCAGUGCCACCUCAGGAACCUCUUUGGCUCUGGGCACGCUCUCCUGCUUGGGCUUCGUGGUCCUCAAGCUGUGUGACCAUCGGCUCGCGCGCUGGUACCCCUUCCAGCGGCUCACGGGCCACUUCUGGUCCAAAGUCUGUGACGUGCUCCAGUUCCACUUUGCAUUUUUGUUUCUGACAAAUUUAAACACUGGCCAAAGACUUCCUCCUGAGGGGAAGGUGCACUAAAGUGUGGAGAGGAAAACCUAAAGAAGAAAAACAAAAGAAAGAAGAAGGAGAAGGAGAAGAAGGAAGAGGAGGAGGAGGAGGAAGAAGAAGGCGAAGGAGAAGAAGAAGGAAAAGAAGGAGGAGGAGGAGGAAAAAGGAG